GAAUAAAAUAAAACGCCUGCCACGUGGCUCGAAAUCUCGCUAAUCCCAUCCAUCUUGUUCGUGCUUGUUUCUCAUUCCAGACAGCAACAACAACUGAAAAAAAAAAACUGUGCGGCCGGUGGCGAUUGUCGGUGGAAUUAGUGCUUCACCCAGCCGGGAAGUGAUACAAACCGCAUAUUCACGCUCCCGAGUGCUGAUGCGUUCGCGGUACCGGUGAUCCUCGGCCAGCCACACAAACCCGCACUUCUAGGCGGCCCGGAGGCGCAAACCGAACCCCCGGAUCACCGUGGCAGGAUGGCUUCCCAUCACCUGUACGGGGCGCUGAUUGCGCUGGUGUGCGUGCUGUGCUACCACAACAGCCUCAACUGUGGCUUCGUGUUCGACGACAUCAGCGCCAUCAAGGAGAACCGCGACCUGCGGCCCCACUCGUCGAUCAAGAACGUGUUUCUCAACGAUUUCUGGGGCACACCGAUGCACAAGGAACAAAGUCAUAAAUCAUAUCGACCGCUGUGUGUCCUGACGUUUCGCUGGAACUAUCUGCUGCACGGGCUCGAACCGGCCGGCUAUCAUCUGGUCAACGUGCUGCUGCACACGAUCGUUUCGUUGAUGUACUUCCGAAUGUGCGCGAUGUUGCUCUCGGAAUCGGCCAGCUUUGCAGCCGCCCUGCUUUUUGCCGUCCAUCCGAUCCACACCGAAGCGGUGACCGGUGUCGUCGGACGGGCGGAAACGCUCUCGUCGGUGUUUUUCCUGGCGGCGUUCAUUUUCUACACCAAGGCGACCAGGCGGAAAAAAUCCACAGGUUGGCGCUUUCUAUGCCUUUCCAUGCUCUCCGUCGCGACGGCUAUGCUGUGUAAGGAGCAAGGCAUCACCAUCACGGGCGUGUGCGCGAUUUACGAAAUUUUCGUCGCCCAAAAGAUUCGGCUCGGUGACAUCUACCAUCUGGCCCGCACGAUGAUGAGCGGGAAAUCGCUCGCCCUGCCGACGGGCUGGUGGCCCCACGAAGCCACCCGCCGGCUAGCAGUCCUGUGUGUCACCACCGUCGCACUGUUGUUCGCCCGGCUCCAGAUCAUGGGCUCGCAGCUGCCCGUUUUUACCAGGUUCGACAAUCCGGCCUCGGUUGCGGUGACACCGGUACGCCAGCUUUCCUACAACUAUCUCGUCUCGGUGAACCUCUGGUUGCUGCUGUUUCCGUGCGAUCUGUGCUGCGACUGGACGAUGGGAACGGUACCGCUCGUCGAGACGUUCGCCGACCCACGCAAUCUGGCCACCCUCGGGGCGUAUACCAUCAUCGGCGUGCUGGCGUGGGUCGCCUUCAUCGAGAACCACCGCCAGAAGUCGGCCGUGGUCGUGAUGGGUUUGGCGUUCAUGAUCCUGCCGUUCCUGCCAGCAUCGAAUCUGUUCUUUCCGGUUGGCUUCGUCAUUGCCGAGCGCGUGCUGUACAUCCCCUCGAUGGGUUUUUGCAUGCUGGUUGCGUACGGUUUCCACCUGCUGUCUGAAAGGUGGUCCCGCAAGAUGACCUGGUGCUGCCUAGGCGUGCUGCUACUAACGCACUCGAUCAAGACGUACCACCGGAACGCGGACUGGGAGUCCGAGUACUCGAUCUUCAUGUCAGGGCUUAAGGUGAACCAGCGCAACGCGAAGCUAUUCAACAACGUGGGCCACGCGCUCGAGAGUGAAGGACGCUUCGAGGAGGCGCUGCAGUUCUUCCACAAAGCCGUCAGCGUGCAGGAGGACGACGUUGGGGCGCACAUCAACGUCGGGCGAACGUACAACCACCUGAAGAUGUUCAAGGAAGCGGAACAGGCCUAUCUGAAGGCGAAAUCGCUGCUACCGAAGGCGAAACCGGGUGAAUCGUAUCAAGCGCGCAUCGCUCCGAACCACCUAAACGUGUUUCUCAACCUGGCCAAUUUGAUCUCGAAGAAUGCGACCCGGCUGGAGGAGGCGGAUCUGUUGUAUCGGCAGGCGAUCAGCAUGCGUUCGGAUUACACGCAAGCCUACAUCAACCGGGGUGACAUUCUGAUCAAGCUGAACCGCACCAAAGAGGCCCAGGAGGUGUAUGAACGGGCGCUGUUGUACGACAGCACUAACCCGGACAUUUACUACAAUCUUGGAGUGGUGUUUCUCGAACAAGGUAAAGCCUCCCAGGCUCUAGCGUAUCUGGACAAAGCGCUUGAGUUCGAUCCCGAACACGAACAGGCCCUGCUCAACUCGGCGAUCCUGCUGCAAGAGCUGGGACGUCCUGAGCUGCGGAAGAUAGCCCGAGAGCGUCUCCUAAAGCUGCUGGCUAAGGAUGAAACCAACGAACGAGUUCACUUCAACCUUGGCAUGCUGGCGAUGGACGAUCGCAACACGGACGAGGCGGAGAACUGGUUCCGCCGGGCGGUACACCUCAAACAGGACUUCCGUAGUGCCCUGUUCAACUUGGCGUUGCUGCUAGCUGAUGAUCACCGUCCGCUGGAGGCGGCUCCGUUCCUGAACCAGCUUGUCAAGUACCAUCCGGAUCACAUCAAGGGGCUGAUUCUGCUCGGUGACAUCUACAUCAACAACAUCAAGGAUCUGGACGCGGCUGAGAAUUGCUACAAACGUAUCCUGCAGCUCGAUCCGGUCAACAUUCAGGGCCUUCACAACCUGUGCGUCGUGUAUGUGGAGCGUGGUAAGCUGCUGCAAGCGCAGGACUGUCUCACGCACGCGCACGAGCUGGCACCGGGUGAAGAGUACAUCGGGCGGCAUCUACAGAUCGUGCAGACGCGCAUCAACCGUUUGCGCCAGUCACCGGAUGGUAACCGUGAGAAAGAGAUUGCCUUCGCCGAUUACGACCCGCGGGAAUUCGGUGGUACCGCCGUCGCAUCCGAAACCGGCGAGCUUCCGCUGGGGAAGGUCCCUGUACAUAGCAACACCGAUCAACCGGACGGCUUGGAGCAUGAUCGGGACACCAUUAGCGAGCCCGUUCCGUUCGGUAGCGAUAGCAACAUGGAAACAUUAAUACCUCACACGCAGCAGCAGCAGCAGCAGAGAAGUCAAACCGUUUCAUCACCUGCGGACGGUGAACCGGUUUUUAUCGAAUCAGAAAACGCCGGAAGCAGAACGUCAACGUUCGCACCGGCGGGUGAAGCCAGCAUAAAGCGCGACACAUCCACAGAUGGACAUCCGCGUGCCCCGGGUGCUGGCGAUAGUAGUGAUAAACCCGUAGAACAUUCCAGAACUUCCUAUCACCGUCAUCCCCACGCGUCCCAGCACCUACGGCGGCCGGCCACCAUCGGUCAGGAUCUUGACGAUCCAUCGUCCGGGAUGUCAUAGCACCAUAUU